CGAUAUUUAGACAGCCCGUACGUACAUCAGUCAGGCAGCCAUACAAGAGAGACCCGAGGCGCAGCCUCGCAACGCAACCAAGAAACCAAGGGGAAACCAAGGGGUGGAGUAGAGCGGCUCCAAGACCAACAACACCAGGCAAGUUUCCCAAGUAGUAUAAAACCUACAGCCUCUCUUGUCUUUUGUCAUUCCAAGAUCGAGACUUGAGAGCGGUCAGGCCAGCUUCUCGCGACAAGGUUUUGCAUACGUCUUUCCGUGAGAGAGAUUGCUUGGUGGCGUCGCUGUAGGCUUUACAUAAGUCACAGAGGGAGGCGGAAGAGGAAGAGGAGAGGGCGAGAAAAAGUGAUUGAAAUUAAGGAUCAAGCUGAAGCAGCGAGUUCCCUUGCUCCAGCGAUGGGCGGGGGCAAGAAGGAAGCUGUGAGGCAGUACGUCAGAUCCAAGGUGCCCAGGAUGAAAUGGACCGCCGAGCUCCAUGGCCGCUUCCUGAAGGCCAUCGAGUGGCUCGGUGGACAAGACUAUGCUACCCCUAAGCUGGUUCUUCAGCUCAUGGGUGUGAAUGGGCUUACCAUCUCUCACGUCAAGAGCCAUCUCCAGAUGCUUAGACUUACUUGCGCGAGGACCGGCACGGGAAUGAAAGAGAUCCAACCACAGCUGCAAAGGAAGCACUCAUGUGGUGCUGAUGAGAAAGGCCCCAAGGCGUUCAUGUGCCCCCCUCUGGAAAGGACCAGGACGGGGACAGAAGCCACAUCCAAAGGCAUGCAAGGAAGCCAGGGAAUCAGUGAGAUGAGGACUCCUGGCACCCAGUACUGCAUUGAUGAUUACAUGCCUGCCUUGGCCAUGGAGAGGAGAAUAAAGGAGGAGGGCCUCAGGUGGCAGAGGGACACUGCGACGGCUGCUUCCAGCCUCCAAACCGUGGGAUGUUUGGAGCAAGGAUCUGGCGACUUUAAGAUAAUCAAACCAGAAGCACGUCAUCCUGGUCCUCCUGUGGUGACGAAGCAAGGCCACAAGGCGAACAAUGUCAACGGGUGCUUCCUCUUCAGCAGUGCAGCGUCGACGGACGAUCAGGACGGAACUCCGGAGCAAUGCUCGCUGUCACUGUCCCUUGGCCAGUACCCGAAAUGCUUCCGCUCCGUCUCUUCGUCGCCGAGCGAAGGCAGCUGCAUCAUCUCAUCAUCGCCGAGGAGCUCCGGCGACUGCUACGGCCACUCUGCCUGUUCCAAUGCUCCGGGCGUUAACUUGGAACUCUCCUUGUCUAUCUGUGGAUCUUAGAUCAAAUUUUGUAGUACAUCGAUCAGCCACUCGUUUGGUGAAUGCUGAUCUCCCUGCACCUUGUGGAUACCCCUGGAAUAAUGUUAGUAAGUUAGCUGAUGGCUCAUGCUGUUAGGUUAGGGCCGUAUGAAGUGCAGUGAUCUUAGGAUUGACAUGUUUACGUACGUGUACAAGUGGCAAAUUUAUGUGGCUCCUUUCAAAGCAUCACGGCCCUACUGCUGCUUUCAAGCUUCUGCACCAAAGAACAGGAAAAAGGCGAGAUUCUUGCCUCAACUAUC